UCCAAAACGUUUUUGGCUUGAGCAAAUAUCCUACCGGUCCAUUCGUCCAGGAUUGUAGCUGAAGUUAAUUUAAUUUUAAAUUCACAACAAAUACAGUUAACUAAUCAAAAGCAUAAAAUGCUCACAUUUGGCUUAACGAUAGUACGACAUGGUGAAACACAGUACAAUAAAGAUGGUCUAUUACAAGGGCAGGCUAUAGAUUCGCCUCUGUCAGAGAUUGGGAUGGCUCAGGCAGGUGCAGUAGGGCAGUACCUCAGAGACAUCACCUUCACCAACAUCUUUGUCAGCAGCAUGCUCCGUGCCCUCCAGACUGCUGAGAUGAUUGUGAAGCACAACAGCAGUUGCUCGGGUUUAGAAAUGGUCUCUGAUGCUUUACUCAAAGAAAGGAGUUUUGGGAUAGCUGAGGGGGGUCUAGUGGAGGACCUGAGGAACAUGGCCAAGGCAGCUGGGGAGACGUGUCCUGACUUCACUCCACCUGAGGGUGAGACGCAGGAACAGGUAAAAGAGAGAUUCAAAGCCUUCCUGGAGACAAUGUUCCAGCGUAUGAUGGCUGACCACUGCAGUGAAGGCGCCCAGAGGGCCACCCCCCUGGGGGCCGUGGUGGUGGGAACAGAGGAGGGCCCCGAGGCCCCUCCAGGCCAGCCAGACGACGGGCUCCAGGGCACCCGGGCCCACGCUCUCAUCGUGGGCCACGGGGCGUACAUACGGGUGGCGGUGCGCUACAUGGUGGAGGAGCUUCACUGCUCCCUGCCUGCCCAGUCAGACAUGAAACACGUCUUGUCUCUCUGCCCCAACACGGGAAUCGGACGCUUCGUCCUCACGGUGACACGAGGGGAUGGCGGCGCGUUGGUGACAGCCAGCCGCUGUGUGUUCUUCAACAGGAGAGACCACAUCAAGGACGGGGAGUAGAAAGACAGGAUGAGGGAAUGAAGAGAGGAGAGAAGGAUGGAUGUUAGGGAGACGGGGAAUAGAGGGAGGACGUUGGUAGGAUGAUCUUCACAGACUCCUUGAGUAUUGUUUACAAAGACAGUAAAUGAAGCUUUUGUGAAACGUGUUUAGUUUGAAUCUACCACUCAGGUUCAUGCUGUGAAACAUUGAAGAUGCAAGAAAAUAGAAAAUAAACAUUGCACUCUGAAGCAUUGCUGUCCAACUAUGCAAAUCGUAAUUGAUUUGUUUUCACAGUUUCAGUUACAAUCUUAAUCAGGCUCUAUUUACUGCCCACAUCAUUAGAGCAUGUUUAUAAAACUUUAUUAAAAAUCCUUGGAAAUGAAUAUACAAGCGUUAGAAUUUACAUAUUAAGGCUUGUGUACUGUAUAUUUUUAUAUUUCAAGAUUUUCCGAUUUUUCAUGAGAUCCCUUACCUUAGUACCUUCAUUAAGCUCAGGCCGCUUGUUGCAGUGACUGUGCGUCAAUGUCUCGUCAUAGAUUCAUUACUGAUCUACAGUCAGCGUGGGUGUCUGUUUGGUCUCAUGACUUGUGGGUUACAUCCUGUGUGGAAGGACAUGACGCCACAGCAGCCUCAUGGACCACUGCAAAUAAGUGACUGUUUUACCUGUGAAGGAACGGUGACGGCGGGCAAGGACUGAGUGACUACUGACCUGGUGGACAGGUGUCCCAUCUACUGCACAUCCUGUUUGUAUCCACGCCAGAACAUUGGCAAGUUCUUGCAACGUAUUCACCAUGUGCACUAAUCCAGAAGAACAAGGGCUUGAUUGCAGCUCUCCAGUUUGACAGACUGUUGUGUUAUCUGUUCACAGUGUAUGUAGUGAGUGUCUUUACGGCAUACUGCCUCAUUCCAACAAUGUAGUACUUGUAAGAGCAAACAUCCUAGAGAGUAGUUUGAUCAGUACCAAUGCCUGUAACUCUUACAUAACCACUGUUCAAGAAUCAGGACACCUUACUGGCUCCCAUUUCAAAGUUAUCAAAACUGCGUCAUAACAUCUCUUUUUCUAAUCUGUUUCCUG